ACGGUCAACGAAUCAGCCAACCGGCGGACCACCGCCUUCGAACUUCCUUCUCGACAAAUAAAUCCAACCAAUAAAUCACCACCCUACCCUCCUGAACACCGCAACGCAAAGGGGGAGCUCCAACUUCGUCAUCACUCCUCCUCACCCAUCCUGUCAAUCGAUACAAUUGACUGACCCCGUCUCCACCAAAUAAUCUCCGCUGCGGGAACGCGUUUUCAAUGGAGGACCUGCAACAGCGCCACCGGCGCCCCGCCGUCACGUACGGUAAAUCAAUCAAGAAGCGGUUCCCGGACGCCCCUGGAAUCUUCACCACUCCGGACCGUGCUUCAAAAUCACCUGAGGUCUCGAAUGAAGCACAACAAAACAAAGUAACAGCAGCAGCAGCGGCGGCGGCGACAACAACCUCAAAAAUAACAACGGCAACUAGAGCUACAACGACGGCAAUCAUUCCUUUGUCACCGGCUGCACCCGUCAGGGUGAUGGAAGCCCAACAACAGCGGGAGAUGGAGAAGGAGAAAGCAAAGGGAUCGAUUCUGGCUCGCAACCCGGUACAGCAGGAGCAGCACCAGCCACAGCAGAAAAAGGCCUCUUCGGGCGUGAACGGAAAAAAAUCGACUUUUGCGAGGGCUUACCUCAGAAAUGUUACUCCCCCGGCUCCCCCGACCCAGUCCCCCAUUGAACUGGCAACCAAGAAGCUCGAUUCGGCGGAUAUUUUCGAUUUCGAGGUUUCCAGUGAUGUCGAGGAGGUUCCCGCUAUCCCCGUGCGGAAAGGUAGUCGGGGGUUGAUGAAGAAUAAGAGGAAACCGGUUAUUACUAGGCCCACUGUGGUGGCGGGCCCUGGCACUCCUUCCACUGAGAGCGAUAUUCCGGAGGCGAAGAUUGCUGCUUCGAAGAAGCGCUCCUACAAGAAGGGCGGGGGGGUUACUGUGCCGGAACCUAAGAGGAGAAAGUCACUCAAGGGUUCUGAUGAUGAGAUGGCCGUAUCUGUUGCGAAGGGUAGGGGGGUGGUCUCGACCGCUUUGCCGAAAGGGAAGCAAGAUCUCAAGGGCGACAAGAUAACUUCGACUGCUAAGGUUACGAAGAACUCUACUGUCUUUAAAGUAAUCAAGCACCCCGCCGCAUUUGAGGUCUCAAUUCCAUAUACUCUCGACGGGCAACCUUCAACGAAGCCGGUGCUCUCCAAAAGCAUUGUCAAGUCCGAGGCACAAUCUCUUACAGGGCAGGAACAGGAGAAGAGGUUGAAGCCUCUCACUAAACCGAAAUCGGCCCCCGAUCUUGUUGCGGAGAAGGGCGCCGCGCGUGAGAAAGCGCAGAAGCCCCCUCCCAGGAAUACCGCGGGAAAGGAAACUACGAAAAAGUCCGGCAGGGUCACCCUCAAAACUGUCGCAGCUUCGCGUGCACAAAAGACGGUUCCGGUAAUGCUACCUAGCUUGAAAACUAAGCAUGCUUCCCCGGAGCCGCCUAUACCUGCCCACGAAGGGCUAGUUGGUCCCAACACAAGUGCUCCUGCUGAUAAGAAGGCUGGGAAAAAGGGUAAAACCAAGGCUGCUCCAAGGGGAACCAAACGACUUAGCGAAGAGCUCUCUGACGGUGAUGAAUUUGAUAUCCCCUUAAUUGCGGAGCUCCGACCUGUCCGUCGUCGUCGGUUGAUCGAUACUCUCGGGGGCGGCACCCGUGGAUCGAGAGCCGGAACAAGGUCAACUUCAGUUACCAGUGAUUCCAGCGCGGAUUGCAAUUCUUUUACUCAGGAUGCGCAAUACCCACAGUUCCCACAGCUUCCGGAAUCUCAGAACGGCCCGUCUCAGGCGCAGGACUUGUUCCAAUUCGGAUCUCAGGGCCAAAAACCGCCUGCCCUGAAGCCUACCUAUAGCACCGGUAGGAUUGGGCCUAAGGUUACUUAUGCGCAGCAGAGAUCUUUCAAGGCCGACGAGAACAUGUCUGAGCAGAACCUAUUUGGGAUACCACUCAUGAUGAUGCCUUCUCCAUACUCGGGGAAGAAGGAUAUCGCCUUUGACGAAGGGCUGGAGGAAGAGCCUCUUGCCACUAAUAAAGGGAUGAUGAGGAACAUUCAUGAGCUUCGUGAGGCUGGUAGUAACAAUCGCUUCCUGGACGAUGUUGAGGACUUUUUUAGCGAUAUUGAAGGGAAGAACGUGCCUCUAGGAACUAAACGCUCUGGGUAUGAUUGUUUAUCGCAUGGUAUUGAGCCGAGUAAGGUUAAUGUGAUUGUUUAGGUAUGUCGGGCUUGCCUGCAAAAUGGUAGACAAGACGUUUGUUCGCAACUUUAGAGCCAACAACUUUGAUGCACGCCUCUUGAAGCGUGUUGCUAAGCAGACUGAUGAGGUAGCAUCUCUUCUGUUCGGAAUUGAUCGGGAUAGUUGCUAAUCUCCUAUCCGUUUCGUUUUUUUCUUUGUUUUUCUUUUCUUUUUAGGUUAUCUGCUUUGCACUAGCAUUUAUGAUUGCCCGCCUGCUCCAGAAAGAUUCUACUCUCCAGUUGCUUGCGGAAAUACACACCAAUGGAGCUCUAGAUAUGCUAGUCCGCAUGCUUGACUUUGAGAGAGACAUCAAGAUGGUUUCUAAGGAUAAAAAGACAAACAUGUCGAAAGCUGCGCAAGAGAUGGCUAUGGAUUUGCGCACGCUUGUCGAUAAGUCUACGGUUUUUCCUCGGAGCAAGCCGACAGUUUAUUCGGCCCAGAUCAUGGGAUUGAUGGUCCUAGAGAUGGCUAUCAGGAGCCUAAGAGUGGCUGGUAUUCACGAUCGUAUCGUAUCCUUGGAUGUGCUGAGCGAACUUGUCUCGAUGGUAAAGCCCUUUACUACUCCUGCCAAGUCUGGGAAAGCCCUGGACAUGCUCGUCCUCGAGCUCCUUCUUUCCACUUUAGAGGCUUGGGCGUGUGGAUUGGAUGUUGAGAUUGAAACGGCGUUUUCCAAAGACGAGCUCACAACUUUGACCGAUGUUAUUCCCACCAUCAUGUCCCAGGCCGUUACCGGGGACAACGGAGAGUUUCAUGUCGGUGACUUUGACGUUAAGGAUAUCCUCUUGCUCACUCUCAGACUAAACAUCAAUAUUACGAACGAUAGAACAGAGACCUGCGAUGCGCUCGCCUGUUCCGAUCUCAUCCCUAUCUUGAUUGAGAUGAUCCGCAGCAGAUUUGGUAUCCUUGAUGGCCAACUCGAGGAGGUCCCGCGACUAGUCAACUUGGAUUUACUCGUCCUUGGUCUUGGCCUUCUAAAUAACUUUGCAGAAAUGAGUAUCCCAGGGAGGUGCUCUGUUCUCAGAAAGGACGAAACCGGCCUCCUCCUACUCGACAUCUUGGUUAAACUAUUUCUCGCUCGGUUCGCCAAGACUGAAGAUGUAUACUCCCCCUUUCCCUCACCAAUUCAACAUGCUGACAGUGAUACAGGCCGAUUCCUUGGAAGAAUCACAAUCAAACGUCGGCUUCGGAUACCUUGCCAUCCUCCUCGGCAAUCUCUGCCAGGACACCGAAAUCCGCAUCGCAACCCGCAACCAGCUCCCUAACAAGAGCCUCAACAUCUUGUACGAAUCCAUGGAGGUGUUUAUCGCGCAUCAUCGCAAAGUCGACGAGCUCAAGGAUGAGAAUGAUAUUUUUUAUCAGCUGGGCGAGGCUCAUUGUGCGUUUACGGAGCGGUUGGAGAGGGUUGUUAGGAGGUUGAAGGAAGGGUAUUAAAUGUGAUGGUUAAAUGAAUAACGGGGCGAACGAAUUGGGGAUCGGGGGGUGUAUUUUUAUCUUCUUUUUCUUUCUAUCUUUGCUUUUCGAUCCUGUUGUAUUCAUGCAACCCGAGGGGAUUUCGGCGGUGGUGGAUUCUUGUUUUUCCAUCGUUUCCCACUUACCUCGCAAUGGUGUAUUUUCCUAUCUCAGAGGGAUGGGAGGUCAUCCCUUUUCUCAUUUCUUUUACAUUCGUCGUCUUCCUAUGGGGGUCCGGUAUUUUUAUUGGUUUUGGGUUCAGUUCGCACUGUCCCGCGCACUCACCGGACACGAUACCUUCCCAGGCAUCUCGGAAGCGGUCUUUUCGCGUUGGGCCCCCCCGCCUAUCUCUUUCUCCUUCCCAUGUCUAACUGGAUGGGAUUUGUAUCUUACCAAUACCCUGCCUGUCUUGUCUGUCCUGGUCUGCUCUGCUCCUUAUUCUGGCGAUUUCUCCAUCUCCUUAGUUCGUGGGGUCUCUUUUUCUUUUUCUUUUUCUUUCUCCUUUCACGAUCAACCCAUGAUAUCGCCACGUGUGGAGCUGCCUUGCCUAUCCGAGACACCACGGCGAGCCGAGUUUGGGCGCAGCGGGAGUGAAUUAGACUUGGAUUUUGCAGAUGGGAAUACAGCAGUAGUGGGGAUUGGAGCGUGUGGCGUUUAUUCUUUUUAUGGUAUUCACCUUAUCGGUACCUUUACUCGUUUUGGGAUAGCCAUGUCGGUUUUACUGUAUCUUUUGUUCUGGGGGGUAUAGAUAUCCAGCACCAAUCAAACAUUUAGUUAUUCGCC